GAUUGGAUCUGCUUGCUACACACAUCUUUGUCAUCGAGCGCUCGUCUCUUGUUUUGCGCCGCGGCUGCUCCAGCGCAGGACCUCUCGAUUUAGCAAAGUCUGCGCAUCGUGAACGCACCCACAUGCUCACAGAGCUGCUUCACCGCGGAAUACAAACCUGUCAUGUGACCGAGGCAGCUCAUAAGCGCUUCAGUGACGUGUUAAAAGGGUGCCUCCUGCUGCAGACGCAGCGUCGUUUCAAACAGAAUAAGAACAACAAACAUCAGAAUUUAAAAAAAACACGACUGAGCUCCUCACAGUUGUAUUUAAUUUAUUUACAUUCUGUUGCCCACCAGUUGACAAGGCGUGGACGAGGUUUAAAAAGGUGCCGUACAGUAAAUGACAUAGACGCGGUUGUUUUAGUUAUUUUGACAAAAGGUAUUUAGUGUCGCGCUACAGGAAGAGACUGAAACUCGGUGAAGGUCCAGAAAAUGCAGCUACUAAACAUAAUCCUGUGUGCUGCCAUGGACAGUGUGAAGGUGGAAUUUGUCCAGAUUAAAGAGGAGUUCUCUGAACUUGAACCUGCCCCCAUUAGAGUGGAGUUCUCUGGGCUGGCUUCCCUCCCAAUUAAACAGGAGCUCUGUGAGAUGCAAUGUGACAGCACUCAGCCAGAGGUCUCUGACAUUAAAGCUGAGCACAAUGAAUUGGAGAUCCCCCAGACAGAAGAACCCCUUCCUGUGAAACAAGAAGAGGUGCUGGAAACUGUCCGUAUUAAACAGGAGCCCCCUGAAGUAGAGUUUGACGACAUGGAACCAGUGAAGGAAGAAUCCGAGGACUUCAAACCAAACAUCCCUGAGCUGGAGCCUGUACGCCUGCGGGAGUGUAGCGUGGUGCUGGAGAGAGUCUGCAUGAGAGAGCAAGGCGCUGGAGAGGAAGGCUCUCCCAACAGCAUGCAAGGAGGUGGAAAGGAAGAAGGGCACUCCCAUUCAGAAUGCAGUCUAGCAGGUUCCAGUCCAGCAGCUAAAGCGAGGGCGGGCGCUGGAGAAUAUCCUGACUGUGGGAAAGGUUUCACCCAGUUAGGAAGCCUGAAAAGAAACCAGCAAAUUCACACAGGAGAGAAACCAUUUCACUGCUCUGACUGUGGAAAGAGUUUCAAUGUGUUACAAAACCUGAGAAGACACCAGCGAAUUCACACAGGAGAGAAACCGUAUAGCUGCUCUGACUGUGGCAAGAGUUUCAAUCAGUCAGGAACCCUGAGAAAACACCAGCGAAUUCACACUGGAGAGAAACAAUUUCACUGCUCUGACUGUGGGUUGAAUUUCAGUUGCACAGAUGACCUGAAAGCACACCAGCUAAUUCACACAGGACGGGAACCAUAUUGGUGCACUGAAUGUGAAAAGCGUUUCUUUAACAUACCAAGUCUUGAAAGACACCAGCGAAUUCACACAGGAUUGAAAGAGACCAUAUCGCUGCUCUGACUGGGGGAAGAGUUUCAAUCAGUCAGGAGACAUGAAAAAACACCAGUGAAUUCACACUGGAGAGAAACCUGUAUUGCUCCUCUGACUGUGGGAUGAGUUUCCAUGUUAAAACCAACCUUCAAACACACCAGUGAAUUCACACGUGAGAGAAACCGUUGACCAAUCAUGUAUAUAAUGUAACAAGGCAAGAGGGAAUACAUGUUAGUCUCAGGAGAAGAAGAGCAUUAUUCCCCACACAGUGAAAUAGGGCAGCCUGCAAUACCAGCGACAAGGCCACUAGAGGGCACUUUUCUUUCCCUCUAUCUCUGUUCCUCUGGAAUCUACCACACUCUCUCCCUCUUCCUCCGCUAAGAACCUCAGAGUCACCCUGGACCCCUGCCUCUCUUAUUCCCAGCACAUCUCCACUCUGGCACGCACUUGCCGAUUCUUCCUGAGCAACAUCCGAAGAAUCCGACCCUUCCUCACCAGCUCCUGGUCCAGGCCCUGGUACUCUCCCGCCUAGACUACUGCAACUCUUUCCUGGCUGGCCUCCCUGCGUCCGCCACCCGUCCGCUCCAGCUCAUCCAGAACUCCGCAGUGGUGGAAUGACCUACCUACAGAUGUCAGGACUGCCCAGUCCCUGACCAUAUUCCGGCGUCUCCUUAAAACUCACCUCUUCAGACAGCACCUGUAGAACUCCUCUGUUUUUCCCCUGGGACACUUAUCACCCUUCCUUAAAUGCGCUUUAUUUGCUCUUAUCUGCCCCCUAUUUUACUGCAUUUAAUCCUGUACUUCAGAGUACUGUAAUCUGCCAAGUGUUUAAUCUGUGGUGUGGUUUACAGGCGGAGAGAUGAAAACUAGAUUCUGGUGAGUCUCGGGGAGGCUGUAUUGGAGAAAAGACAUGGAGUUGGUGCAGAGAGAGAAUGUUUCGUGUGUGAAUUAAAACUUUGCAGGGAAGCAGUUUGUCCUGUUGUAGAGAAGUAGUUAGACAAAGUUUUAUUUUUCAUUUAGAGCUCCUUGGGGAGUUUGUUUUGUUUGGUUUGUUUGGUUUUGUAAAUACAAAUAAAUAUGCAGACCCUGCCCUGUUUCACAACAUAUCUGUGGUCCUGAGUUCAUUUUACACCAGAGUGUCUGGCAAAGAACACUCCACUGUGUCACAAUAAUCACAGAAGGAUCUGUCCACUGUCUCCCAGUGCAGGGGUUAGGAUAUGUUUCAAUGGAGCUGCACUGACUCAUGCUGGAGGCUCAUUGCACCAUUAUUAAAAUAUGAAUGCAGUGUCCAGUGUAAUAAGAGAUUAGAGAAGACUGUUGCUAGACUGUUGUAGUGUUUUAUUAUGAUGAUGAUGAUGAUGAUGUCAGUGCUCUGUGCAGUAAAGGGUUACCUGGAGGUGUUUUGUGCAACCGGUCCCUGGUUUUCAUGAAUUGUGACUGAUGACAUUUAGAAUGAAUUAAAAACACACAAAACAAA